CCGCUGCCGGGCACGGCCGCCCCCGCCCGCCCGCCCGCCACGUACGUCUCCCGUCCCGGCUCCUUUCCAUGGUUCCCGGCGUGACUGGAGCCGCCCGCCGCCGCCCCCGCAGCGCGGCGCCGACCGCCGGUGGGAGGAUGCAGCCGUGCGCCGGGGGCUGACGCGCGGAGCCGCCGGCCGCGGGGAGCGGGACCCCCGCCGCCCACCCAUGGUCCCGGCUGGCAGCGGGGGCAGCCCCCCGUGAGGAGGGGCACGGGCACAGCCGGGACCGCGGGCACCGAGCCCCGCAGCCGCCCCGCCAUGACGAGCCUUUUCCGCCGGAGCAGCAGCAACGGCGGCUCCCGCGGCGGCUCCUCCGCCCAGGAGCUCAACAACAGCCGCCCCGCCAGGCAGGUGCGGCGCCUGGAGUUCAACCAGGCCAUGGAGGACUUCAAGACCAUGUUCCCCAGCAUGGACUACGACAUCAUCGAGUGCGUCUUGAGAGCCAACAACGGCGCCGUGGACGCCACCAUCGACCAGCUCCUGCAGAUGAACCUGGACGGCAGCGGCUGCGACGACAGCUCGGACUCGGAGGACAGCAUCCCCCCCGAGAUCUUGGAGCGGACCCUGGAGCCGGACAGCUCGGACGAGGAGCCCCCUCCUGUGUACUCCCCUCCUGCCUACGAGAGCCAGGCCUUGGGCAGCCGCUACCCCCGUGCCCCGCCCACGCCCCCGCCCAGGACGGACGUGCCCAGCAGCACCGCGCUCUACAGGAACUGGAACCCGCCGCUGCUGGGCAACCUCCCCGAGGACUUCCUGCGCAUCCUGCCCCAGCAGACUGCCCCAGCUGGCACACAGGGCUCCCCCGGCUGCCAGCAGCCCGUGCCCCGGGGGCUGGGGCCGCGGGGCUCCCUGGAGCAGGAGCGGCGCUGGAAGCAGUACCUGGAGGACGAGCGGAUCGCGCUCUUCCUGCAGAACGAAGAGUUCAUGAAGGAGCUCCAGAGGAACCGGGAUUUCCUUCUCGCCCUGGAGAGAGAUCGAUUGAAAUAUGAGUCCAAAAAAUCCAAGUCGACUGGUGUUGCUGUCAGCAACGACUUUGGUUUCUCCUCCGUAUUAUCAGGUGAGGGAGCUCCCUCUGGAGCCAGCGAGGCCGGCGGGGCCGUGUCUGACGAUGCCUUAUUCCGAGACAAGCUCAAGCACAUGGGGAAAUCCACGCGCAAGAAGCUGUUUGAACUCGCCAGAGCCUUCUCUGAGAAGACGAAGAUGAGGAAAUCAAAAAGAAAACACUUGUUGAAGCACCAGGUGAUGGGGACAGCGGCUUCCACAGCAAAUCUUCUGGAUGACGUGGAAGGACAUGCAUAUGAUGAAGAGUUCCAAGCACGGCGGCAGCAGCUCCGGGAGGAGGAGGAGACGCCGAAGGAAGGGCAGUAAACGGUCCCAGCUCUGGGGUUUCUUGCUGGCACAGGACGUGCCCGAGGCUUCAUCAGGAGAUGGCUGAAAAAGGAAAAACCCACCCAACAAACCACCCAGAUUUUGCUGUUCCCCCUCUGCUGCUGUACUCCUCUGAAGUACAAGUAUCAAAGUGAGGCACAAGGUUUUCUUACCAGUGGUUUGAAAACAACUUUUCCUAUCGAGAAAAUCAGCCAAAAAGGAAAAAAAAAAAAGGAAAAAAAAAAGCGGGCAGCUGCUGCUAGCGGCUGCGGAGGAGCCAGUGAGCUCAGGCUGGGGAGGGGCAGCCCCGCCUGCUCCCUCGGCCGGCGGCACGGGAGGAAUGAAAUCAGUCCUACUAACGAGGAUCCGAUCCCACGUGGGCUCUGCCUGGCCGGAGCACUCCUGAACAUAUCUGUAGUGGUCUGAUGUAACUUCACUCUGCGCACACCGGAACAAAAACCACGUGAGAAAGGGAAGCUAACAGCCGUUGUCUAUUAUUGCUAGGAGUAAUGAGCAGAGAUUCAGAUCAGGUAAUAGUCAAAUAAUAUAAAUUGUUUAUAAAGGAAAGGCCUUCUUUUCCUAGGCGUUUCACUUUGAAUUAAACCUUUGCCUUCGGCAUUGCUACAA